AUCCCGGUUCUUAAAGUUUCCAUCCCUUGGGAGACGCACCGCGUUUUUUCAAACGAAAAAUCGAUAUCCGAGGGGAUCUCUGUACGGAGACGGCGUCUCCAAUAUUCCGUCGAGUAAUGAAAAAAAGGAAAAAAAAAAAUUGUAAACGUCUGAAUGAUGAAUAUUCAGAGAAUGACGUGGGGUUGAAAUAUUGGGGUGUACGAAAAUCCAGAGUGGGCUUUUCGUUGUAUACAGACGUCGCGGGGUCCUAGGGUUCAUUUACACUGCGAUCCGGAUGAGAGGGUUGUAACGUUUGUUGGACCGGAUAUAAUCGAAUUACUGGUCUGUAAUUAUAACGGUUAGAGGGCAAAUUUAUUUAUCGUUUAAUCGAAACAGAAUGCAAUAAAUAUUGAUGGGAAAAAUAAAAUCUUCUCGUCUGGAUUGUCUCGCGAGUGUGUAUCCUGCUUCUUGUUCUCGUACAAUAAAUAGCUAUGCUCGUAUAUUAUUUAUUUAAUGUUGUUAAUACUGUUACGGUGUUGACAUUAUAAUACAUCUUCAGUGUCCUUGACACAAAAAAUAGCACACAAGUGUGGGCACCGUACAAGAUCGUUUAUUUUAGUAGCACAAACAGUUCUAUAUUCACGCUUGAAUUCACUGUUUUUUUUUCUCUAUUAACGUUGCUAUUGAUUUCAUUACUGAUGAACGAAUUGAAACACCCAUCGUACGCCAGAUUAUAGUGGCUCAUUAGAGAAUUGAGAUUGAAUUAGAAACUGCCUUGUGAUUUAUCGGAGAUUGCAGUUGGGCUGUAUUUUGUGGCUACACAAUUUUGUUGGGCAUGCUUGAAUCGCUCACUGCAAAUUUCUCAUUGUUAAGUCCCCGGAGUGUAGACUGUUCACUGAAAAUUUGAAAAUCAAGUUAGAAUUUUCAGUCGCGAUGAAAAACACUUAAAUUUUCGAAUCGAAGUUUAUGCCACAAAAAGAAGUCCGAAAAAUCCGUUAUUUUUUGAACGCCGCUCUUCUCUCGUGAGAUAUUUUGCAUGAAAUUAAUAAGCUGCACUGUCAGAGAUUUUUGUGAAUAUACUCGUUGGGCGCAACAAAAUGUGGUGAACGUAACGGCGGAGGGUUGGUGUUGUUGUUGUUGCAGUCCGCAACGAAACAAUACUCGCAUUUACGUUUUCCACGUUGUGAUGUUGUCACUAAGUUUAUUACCCUGAAGAAAGCGUCAUAAGAAUUCCACGCAAUGCAUUUUCCAUGCGCCAUGCAGCAUCUAAAAUUCUCGGCUUCGCGAGUCCUUAUCCACAAGGCAACAAUAAUCGUCAAGCUAUUUUUUAUUCAUCGUUCGAAGUCAUAUUUCGGAGAAAAUAAAAGAGUCUGCGAAGCAGAAAAAUGCUGGCUAAGUACAUACGAAAUUCGUGAUUCAUUCAUAAAACAAGAUUAAGAAAAAAAUACGUUUGCUUUUGGUGGAUACGUUGAAGAGGUCUUUACGUAGCCUCCCCCAAUUGGUUCGGCGACGUUCCGCCUGUAUAUAUUAUUCUCUCCACCGGUGUUUCAUCCUCGGUAUACGCAUGCGUUAACCAGGGUUCACGACCCCGUGUCCCGAGCGGCAAUCGCGAGCACCAGUCGUUCGCGCGAUCAUCGUCGUGCAGAAUCGUUGUCCGCUGCAACACCGUUUUUAUUUGUAUUUUUUUUCCUUCUCUUUUCUUUUCUUUUCUUUUUUUUUUUUUUUUUUUUUAUUCUUUAUUUCAUUUUAAUUUCAUUGGGUUUUCGCGUAAAUAAGUUGUUCAUCAUCGAUCGUCUUCAGCGUCAACCUCGCCCAUGUCACGUUUUUCUGCAUCCCUUCAUGCUGUUUGAUGACGUCAUCGGUUGUUGUUCUGCUUUUUCAUCCUCUCCUACUUCUUCUUCGUCUUACGAAUCGACCAUAAUUGUUCUCGUCAGGGGACCUGAGCUCGGAACUCGAUGAUGAAGCAAACUCCGAAACCGGGGUGGCCCCCAUGGGAAGACAGGACUCGUCUCAUCCCUAUCAGGGAAUCCCUGAUCGACCUCUUCAAUCUCAACCUGGACCCGUUCAGCCGGCUAAUCAACCACCGGUUCCCGGUGCACCACCAAACGUUCCCGGCUCCGUAGCACCUCCUGGACAUCAACCAAUCGGUUCCGGGGGCGAUUUGAGCCUUAACCUAAGACCAAGCUCGAGAACGACCAGUGCACCCUCGUCACCUGCUAAAACCCGGGAAACUCUUCUACAACGGGUUCAGAGCUUCACCGGGGCUGCGCGCGAUCAGGGUGCUUCAAUCCUCGGGGCCGCGGUGGCUGGCACGACUCGGGGUUCGUCCUACAACAAGGAUCGUUGCUUUACUCUUCUCGUGAUCGAUGAUCAGAACACUGAUUGGAGCAAGUAUUUUCGUGGUCGUCGAAUCCACGGAGAUUAUGAGAUUCGCGUGGAGCAGGCAGAGUUCCGGGAGUUGUCAUUGACGGCGAGUGAGGCUGGAACGAUUGUAUCGAUGGCGGUGUUUCGUAACGGGACGAAGGUCAUCAGAUCGUUUAAGCCGGAUUUCGCUCUGGUCCGUCAAAAUCUGCGGGACGCUGGGGAAAAUUACAAGAAUCUUCUGCUCGGUCUGAUGUACGGGAGUGUUCCAAGCGUUAACAAUCUUUCAGCGAUUUACAACUUUCAGGACAAGCCGUGGGUGUUUGCGCACUUACUGGGGUUGCAGAAACGUCUUGGAAAAGAGAGCUUCCCCUUGAUAGACCAAACCUUCUACCCGAAUCAUCGCGAAAUGGUGAAUGCGCCUCGUUAUCCGGUCGUGGUUAAGCUCGGUCACGCUCACGGUGGAGUCGGCAAAGCACGCGCUGAGAACCUUCAAGAGUUCCAAGAUUUAGCCUCACUGGCAGCCAUGACGACCUCAUACUGCACCGCCGAACCUUACAUCGAUACCAAAUAUGACGUUCACGUGCAGAAAAUUGGAAACAACUAUAAAGCUUUCAUGCGUAAGAGUAUCAGCGGUAAUUGGAAAUCAAAUACGGGUUCAGCGAUGUUGGAACAACUAGCAGUGACCGAAAAGCUUCGCGCCUGGGUCGAUCAUGUGUCUCAAUUGUUCGGUGGUCUUGACAUUUGUGCGAUUGAAUUGUUAGUCGGAAAAGAUGGCCGUGAAUAUAUAAUCGAGGUCAACGAUAGUGCGUUGUCUCUGAUGGGCGAUUCUCAGGAGGAAGAUCGUCGUCAAAUCGCUGAUUUGGUCGCCGCAAAGAUGCAGGCAUACUGUCGGCCGCACAGUGUUCUGACAAAAACAGCUUCAAGGGGUUCAAUGUCCGGAUCUAGCCAAGCAGCCAGCCCUGUUGAAGAACGUGGACCUCCGCCUGGACCAGCACCGGUACUCGGAUCUCAUGGUAGUAUGGGCUCAAUGGCCAGUAUGGCCAGUCAAGGUUCAAUGGGAUCAACUACAGCUCUCGCAAACGAUGUUGCUACGUCUGACAGUCACCAACAACUGCAACGUCGUGAUUCACAAGUGUCUCAAUCGAGCACAGUAAGCAGCGGCGCAGCUCCGCCGAGUCGGCGCUCAGACGAGCCACCACCCUUGCCACCAUCGAGAACACUGUUACAUCGCCAGGGCAGUCAGUCUCAGAGCCAGACCGGUGAAGAUUCCGAAGACACAAUGACGAAUCUUCGUAAAACAUUCGCCGGUAUAUUUGGCGACAUGUAAAACGAAGGUGCGAGCACGGGGCCUGGGAGAAUACCAAUGCCGACGAAUUGUCAGGAGAAAAAGUCAACGGGAAUUCCUUUGACCGAUGUCCCGGCUUAAAAUGAGAUAUUAUCGACGGCAAAUUUUCAUUAUGACGAUUGCAGCACCAGUUUACUUUAUAAAGAACUAAGUUUUACCGUGAAAAAUCGAGAUUUAAAAUGAAAAAUGAAUGAACAAAGGGAAAAAAACGAAAAAUCAGUAUUAUUUCAAUGUCCCUCCGGGGCUUUGUCAGCUAAAAUAGAAGGGUGCUCGAGAUAAAGAGAUUUAAAAAGCAUGACAGCUGCCGUCGAUGACUUCUUAUGGGUGGUUCACGUGCUCGCAUUCAUUCACGAAUGAUCAUAAUAAUAUUCAUAUAUUAUAACGAUUAAUCAUUUGGAAAAAUAAUAAUGAGAAAACAGUAAUAAAAAAGAAUUAGAAGGUCUAGCGCACAGAGUUAAGGUGUGUAUCGUUCUGAUAUGCGAUAGACUAACAACAAACUACAUCGUAACUCGCACUCGCACAUUUCCAGAUUAUCGCAGUGGUUCACAAUAAAAACAUGUUUAUUCCACAUGAUGGGAGCUCCCAUGAGGCUAAGCGACGCAAUAGUUUAUUAUUGGCGUUCCACUUGUUGUGUUGCAAGAACGAAGGGCGUUAAAGAGUGGCAGAAAAAAGAGAUUUUUAUUGAAUAAAAAAAUAAAAUUUAUCUCGCAUAUAUCCGAGAAAGCAAAAUAUUGUAACGAAAGCUUUGAUUUACGAGUUUUUCGAUUGUAACCCGAUUCAGUGAAGAAUAAGGCUCCCGAAUGGCUCAUUUCUGGUCAAACGUACUUUUUUCAUAGGGAACAAAAACAUGGCGAACGUUUCCGAAGAUCGCAUUCACUCGCAUGGAUGAAAUUUUGCCUCGAAAAUGCGGGUGUUCAAAUACAAAAGCGCACAAAUAGUUUUUAAGAAACGAAAACCAGAACAAUUGUAUCGUCCCCGUUGGUGAAAACAUCCUGCCACGUAAGAAGAGGAUGAAAACGAAAAAUACAUAGUUGAGAAACGAAAGUUGAGAAGCGAUCGAUCGAGGCUAUUUGUGAGGUCAUGAGCUAGAAGCGCUUUGAAGAAAGAAAUUCCAUCUUUGAUCAUCGAGCCAAUAUUUGAACGGGGAAAAACAUCGAGCAUCUCUCGCCAAUUCGAUAAAUCAAAGCCUUUCUUUCCACCGCCUUUGCCAUAAUCUGCAAAUGUCUGAUCAAUGCGUGACUAAUGUAAAUUAGACUUUUGAUAAAAAGACCGAGUGUACGAAGAUCAGGAUUGAUACCUAGGAAUUCGAAAGAUUGUCCUGGACAGAAUGCUAAAAAAAAGAGAAUAUUUGUCGGCGUGAUUUUAAAGAGAAACAGCACUCGAGCGCAUAAAGAUAAUGGAAAUAAAUGGAGAAAUGGAAAACCAGCUGGAGGUUGAUAGUAUCAUAACGCAUAUUAAUUGUAUACGAACGAAAGAAAGCAACGAUUUUAUUCGAACGAAUGAAAGUGUGGAUAGAAGAUACGAUAUCUACUUGGAAAAAGUAAAUUGCAAUUCUGGAAAAAGACAGAGUCACGAAAGAGAUUGCUCGAUAGAUGGGAUUAAAUAAAGUGUGAGAAAAAACGAAUGGCGUAGACUCGGUCAACCAUAAGGAAAAUCUCAGGGGUGCCUCUGCUGCACUAGAUAACCCAAAGAGGGGCAAAUAAAAUAGAAAGAGGGGCGGAUAGUGAAGGGAGAUAAACGAAAAAAUCAGAUAAGCAUCUGAGCAGUAGAAAAUUACUAAUGGGGAGUAAAAACUGCAGUUCUCCAUCGUAACGGCAAGUAAAAAAGAGAAAAAAAUAUGAUAUCAAGAAAAAUAGAAACUUCAUUUAACACGGAGAAGGGACUCGCCCUUGGCCGAACAAAAAAUCGUUCUGGCUGAACGAGCGAUUUUUCACAUUAAUUGAACAAGUGUUCGAUGCUUCGAUCCGUUCGUUAAUUAUCAAUCGCUCGUUAUUGUUAGUUAUUCGGGUCGAAAAGAAGUACGAAGAUAGCAACACACGCAAUGUUAUUCAGUUGUCUAUCCUGUUAAAGCGUGUUUUCAAAUAUUUGUGUUAAGUUUAUGUCUAGUGUCACAAAGAGAUUAUUGAAAGUUUCAUCGUUUCAUCAAUUUUUAUUCAAAGUUUUUCCUUUAUCGUUAUAGCUGGUUUUUUGUUAAGGGAGAUGUUGCAACGGUUUUUUGUUUUUGUUUGACAUUAAGAUACGUUAUGGAUACCAGCUUUAUUAUUAUUGUUCUCACAAAUGAAAACGUAACCUCAAUACGAAAUAUUAUUCAACAUUAUUCCCCUCACACACACACACACACACACACACACACACACACACGAACAAACUGGUUGAAAAAUGAAUUAACUUUUUGUUAUCUCUUUAGUUGAAUCUAACAGCGAAAUAUUGCACCAACGAAGGUUCGAUGGUGGAUCAUGAAAGAAAAGAGCCUUUAAAAAAUAGGCACCGGUAGAGCGAAGGAAAAUACGAAUUUCACACGGAUUCGAACCGGAUGAUUGCACUAAAUAUAUAUUAUAUAAAUUGGUCGAUUGAUCGCCGAUAUAGACUUCUAUAAUCAAGUCGUACCUACACGUAUUUAAUCGUUAGACGAAAGUGCUAAACUUAAUCAAAUAAACGAUUUAGCUGUACACAUUUUUCGUUUUUUUAAGCGCGAACGUUGCUCGUGAGGAGUCGCCGGAUUUUUUCAAUCUCAACAUUGAUGAAAUUGACGAGAAAAUAGUGAAGAAGAAAAAAACAAAAACAAAAGAAAACAGAAAUGACAAACAAGUUGGAACGAGACGAUGACACCCGUCACACGUCAUUUUUUCUUCGAUAUUCAUUCAUCAUUGUUCUUUUCAACCGCGCCUUGUCUCGAAAGAAAACAACGUAAUUCAAGUUCGCAGCAACAAAAAACGAAAAAGAUACUUACACUUCACGUAUACAAACAAAUACACGCGCGUACGCACAGCACACACUUACGUACGAACACGUGCGCUCGCACGCGCGCGCGCGCACACACACACACACACACGCACACGAGACACGUACAUUCGCAAACACGCGUGAGCGCAUACGCGCGCACACACAUGCACACGAAUACAAAAUAAUAAAAUAUAUAAAUGUCGGUUGUAGUAAGAUUCGCGUAUUUCGUCGUGCUAUAGAAGGAUCCUCGGAGUCGAUUCUCGAUUUUGCAUCGCAGCGAUAGAAAAGAGUUUUUCUUCAGCGUCGUAACGGAAGUUGAAGAAAUAUAGGAUAGCAACGAUCGAAGAUAAGGUCGCUCGAUCGAAACGGGAGGAGAGCCGGGUCCAAAUUCCCAAUUCCACAAAACUAAAUCUCUGUACGUGUCUUUAUCUUCAAUAAUCAUUGAUAGAUUUUUAAUUAUUACGAGGAAAAACGUUGAAGUGAAUGUUGAAAAAAAGAAAAAUAAGAGGAUUGAGGAAGAAAUAAAAUGAGAUGGAAAAUAAUAAUAAUAAAAAAUAACUAAAAAUAGUAACAGUGUAGGAGUGCAGACGUUUGAAUCGCGUCUGCAACCGUAACAGUUACCUCCUUGAUUUCAACGCGUGCUAGCCACAUAAUCGUAAACGAAAUACCGACAUUCAUAAAUAUUGGUAAAAAUAAUUAAAAGAAAAACCACAGACACGGACACACACACACACACACACACGCACACACACACACACACUUCCACGUGACACUCGCACACGGACAAACAGACACAUACUCACGCAAGAACAAAAUAUAUAACAUUGGAAAACUACCCUAUAAACACAGUAAUACAUACAUAUAAACAUAGACGUAUAUACCUAUAUAUUACAUUAUGAUUACAUACACAAAUAUAUACAUCAUCAAACGGACGUGUGACAAGUGUAUUAUUGCAUGCAUUAUGAUUCUUGUUGCGGAGUGAAUGAGCGUGAUGACCACAGUAUAAUUGAUAUAUUAUCGUAUAGCUGUAAGAAAAACCUGUCGUGUGUAUGAAUGGAAAGGAGAACAUGAAGGAUUUUUGUGUGGAAUGCGAUGAAUCGAUUGACCACAAUCGAUUAAAAAAAAUAUGAAGUUCUUUUCGUUGUAUUGUUUUUGUUGGAAUGAAAAAGUAAGAAGUGGAAAUGAGUUUGAGAAGAAAAUCUCUACGGUUUGAUGACCGUAGCGAGGAGAAGAAUAAAUAUAAUAAUUUUUAGGCGGAAGGUGAUUGUCACUGGCAAUUUAUUCUGUGAAGUUGAGAGGAGUCAGGUUGAGAGAAAAUAGAAGCAGGAUAAUUGCAAUAGUGGCUUCACUCUUUCGCCAGCCUAAUCGUAGCUGUAAUGAUACAUCGAUAGUAAUAGUACAUCAUAUUUAACGAACAAUUCUCGUGGUUCCCACAGCAGGCGGGGUAUUUUUCCUCCGGAAAAAUACCUUUAAAGCUAAGGGAAAUACUAAUUAAUGUUUCUGUAAUGCGAAUAGACUCGUUGAUGAGUGUUUAAUAUUAAGGGAAAAAAUAGUUGAUUAGAAUGCAUGGCGCUCGGGGUGGCAAUGAACUUGCGACUUGUAACUUCCGUUUGUUCGAUCUUUCGGUCGUUCUUUUUAUCAAACGAAUAUAUAAACGAUAGAUAAACGAAAGGACGACUCGGCCGAACCAACGGAUUUUCCCGGGAAUCGUGAUCGUGGGGGCAAGUAUCAAUUCUACGUGGAAAAAAACAGCAUGAAAUUCAUGAAAACACGUGAGAACGAUCCACGAUCAUGAAACGAUUCCAAAUCGGUUUAUACGUCAUUUGACACGCAUAAAAGCGUUGAAAUUCGAAUAAAAAAUGACAAUGAAACAGGUAAAACUGCACCGACGCCAAAGCAUCCGAGCGAUAAGUAACGCUUUAGUUUAUAAGCAUCGUAAACGAACAAAAUACGUCUAUAUAUGCAUGAGUUAAUGAAUAAUAAUAAAUAUAUGCAUGGUAUCGGUAUAAUGAGGUCAUAAUAAUAUAUAAUUAUCUUAUUAAAUCACACCAAUGAGAACGAGAUAAAAUCAUGAAUAAAAUGCGAGAUCUACCUGUCGUCGUGUUAUUAAGAAUUAUCAGAGUUUGGAAAGACUCUAAAAUUAAAGUUAAGCCUAAUAAGAGCAUUUAUGUGGCCAGGAAAGCCGUAUUAUAAUAUUAUUAUCGAUAUACAUUAAGAUUUGUAGUGUUAUUAAUAAAUAUUUCCUCUUUUUGUGAGUUAUUAUAAGAUCACGAAGAGAGGAAAGAUUAAUUAGUGAUUCUAAGUGAAUGUGAGCUGUAACGUUUGUUAUCCGAGACUCGAAAGAGAUUCGUUCGAAGAUGGAACGAAGGCUCUCGCGCAUCUUUCUCUCUGUCGUUGAAUACCCGACGAUCUGUUUUUACACACUGGAGUUUCAUAUGGCCUGGAGAAUCGUCCGCACCCUUCGUGGCCAAACACGAGCGCUUUUACAGAGAAACUUCAAAUUCAGAUUGCCAAUGAUGAAUAUUGGAAUCCGUCGAUUAUUCGACUUUUUCUGCUGUAAAAGGGAAAAGGAGAGUGAUUAAAACGGCUGUCAGCUUUCGACAACGCGCCUAACCUUCGCUAUGCCCGAGUCGGGUUUAAGCAGGAAUUUUCAAGUUUGGGUGUACUCUCUCGCGGUCGAGAAAAAUCGCGUCUUUGACGACUGUGAGUUGAAGGAUUAUCGAGAUCACCCGUUGAAAUAUUCGCUCAAACCAUCGCGUUGAAGCGUCUUUUUGUUUUGUCAUAAAAGAUGCGCUCCGGCGCCCGAAGACCGCGUGCUGCUCGACGAAGACAGACGUUUUUUUCAACCACGCGGAGGUCAAAGAGAGCCUCUGAGGAAAAGGUUCGAAUCUCUGGAGAGUUUUGGAGAUACAAAUGAAACGAUACUGUUGCACCCGCAACUUUAUCCACUUGAUCAGCAUAAACAUCGAUGGGGUUCUAACGAAUCUAUUAAGAAAUAGAAUAAGAAAAGAAAACACGGUAAAAAUCGAUUUACCGAAUUAAUCGAUACUUACUGCCGAUUAAACGGCACUCGAAUGAAUGAUAAAAAUAAUAUUAAGUCUAAUUAUAAGAACAAUAACGAUAAACAAGUAUACAUUAAGGAUAAAUAUUAAGUAAGAGCGUGAAUGAAAAUACUCCCAACUCUUCCGAAUAGCCGAGACGGAGGAGUCAAAAAAGGGAGAUUUGGGUUUUAAUUUAAGGUUAUUUAAGCAUUGGAUCGAAGAAUAUUUCUCGUCGGUCGGGGUUGAUCGUUAAAUUCGAAGUAAAAUAAGAAACCAAACCACAUAGGAAUAAUACGAAAUAAGAAUAAGUUACGAAAACCGUAGUUCUAAGCGACUUUUAAAUAAUAUUGCUAUAUCCAGUAAAAAAACCUUCGUUGCGAAAAGGAACUCAAUCAGGUCGUCAGUACAUAACUUAAAACGCGGACGAUCGUGAUUGUUUUUCGCUGAACGAGGUAUAAUACGAAUGAUUCAAACAAGUCCGUUCGUUCGGGAAAAUUAUGAGAAUCGAAAAUUAAAAACGAUUAUUCGAGCGCAAGACGCAAUUGCAUAAACGAUUGCGAAGUAUUCUUCAACGAAUAUGGACGAAGUAUUUAUUACGAAUUAUUGAUUUUGAUCAAUUAGGCUGUUGUGAAGUCUCGAUAUUGUAGCAUUAACUAUGUAUACACAUAUAUAUAUACAAUAUAUAUACGAAUACGUAUUAAUUAUAACUAUAACAAAAAAAACGAAGAAAAAACCAAAAAAAAAAACAGUUAAGCGCUAAUCUCUAUAUAUUUAACGUUCCAUUCCAAAGUAUAUCCUUACUGAAAAUGUUGCUUCCUCCAUGUGAAAGCAAAAAAAAAAAACGAAAUCUCCCUCCACUCCUGAAAAUACCUGUCGAAAAAAAAACUUUUUCGAUAUCCACCUGCCGUGUUGCAAGUAUUAACCAACUAAGAAUACUAUUUAUAACUAAUACGAAAUCCAGUCAUCCUCGUCGAAAAAGUUGUAAGAAACUGAAGACGAGUUAACAUAUAUAAAGGUGUAACGAAAACAAUGAGAAAAAAAACAAAUAUACCCUUUGAGCCACGUUAGAAUCGGGACACGUUGUAACCGCAGUGUUCUGUAGAUCUGAUCUGUUAAAUAUAUGGUUAAAGUAUUAUGUAAGCUGCAGGUAAUAAUAAAUAUCGAGAUAAGCGUAAAA